GUAACCCUUAAAUCAUGUGAUCAUGAGUAUGAUAUGCGGGCCUGGCCUGAUCGGACGGUGUGGAUUAUAACCGUUUGUAUCCAAGGGCUGAAAGAGCAACCAAGUAUUAUUGUAAAUGUGUAUAAAGAGGGGGUUUCACCAUUGAAUUGCAACACAACAGCUUGAAAGAAUAAUGUUAGUUAUGGAAACUAAGAGCCUCCUACUUCUAGGAUUGCUAGUCCUUCUCGUAAUCGGCUCAGCGCAUCCCGAUGAGGUAACGAAAGAAACAAUGCCAGUUCUAGAGAUUGACAGUAGCUAUUUUCCAGAGGGUUUUUACUGGGGUGCAGCUACUUCGGCUUAUCAGGUCGAAGGACAUGCAAACAAAGGUGGAAGAGGAGCUAGUAUCUGGGAUACAUUUGUCCAUGAGUCUCCAGAGAGAAUUGAUGACCACAGCAAUGCAGAUGUUACGGUGGAUUUUUACAAUAACUACCAAGAUGAUCUCAAAAAAAUGAACAAGGAUCUGGGUAUGAAUGCCUACCGAUUCUCCAUUUCGUGGUCAAGAGUCAUACCUAGUGGAAGGAAACACAUAGGAAUAAACGAAGAAGGAAUUGAAUUUUACAGCAACGUUAUCGACGAGACAUUAAAAAACGGUAUGACUCCUUUUGUAACUAUUUUUCAUUGGGAUGUUCCUCAAAAUCUUGAAGACUUGUACGGUGGUUUCAGAAGCCCUAACAUAGUGGCUGAUUUCAAAGAUUUUGCGGAGCUUUGCUUUGAAAGAUUUGGAGACCGAGUGAAACAUUGGAUUACAAUUAAUGAACCGUUCGUUUUUGAUACACAUGGUUAUGAACUUGGUGGUUUGGCCCCAGGGCGAUGUUCAUAUUGGGUGAAUAGGGCAUGCCUAGAUGGUGAUUCUGGGACUGAACCUUACAUAGUAGGCCAUCAUUUGCUCCUUGCUCAUGCAUAUGCUGUUCAAGUAUACAGGGAAAAGUAUAACAAUGGUAAGAUCGGAAUUACAUUAGAUUUAACCUGGCCUGAGCCUAUGUCCGACAGCCCGGAAGAUAUUGCAGCAUCCCAACGGAUCCUUGAUUUUGCAUUUGGUUGGUGGCUGGACCCCUUAGUUUAUGGUCGUUACCCAGGCAUAAUGCAGAAACUAGUUGGUGGUCGAUUGCCAGAUUUCACAAAAGAGGAAAGCCUUUUGGUGAAGGGUUCAUAUGAUUUUUUUGGCAUAAACUCCUAUACUUCAAAUUACGCUUCCGCCAAUUUUAUUGCGGAUCCUGAUCCGACUCAUGUUCGAUAUGCAACUGAUAGUGCUGUUACUUUGACGAAGUUUAAGGAUGGCAAACCGAUCGGAGAACAGGCUUCUCCAGCUUGGUUAUAUAUCUGGCCAGAAGGAAUCAGACGUAUUUUGAAAUAUACAAAAGAUAAUUACAGGAACCCAUUAAUCUAUGUUACAGAAAAUGGAGUUGGUGAUCCUUUUGGCCUUUCUCCUGAGGAUGCUCGCAUAGAUAUAUGGAGAAUAAAAUAUCAUGAAAAGCAUCUUCUUGAAAUACUGAAGGCCAUCUGUGAGGACCAUGUUAAUGUGCAAGGUUACUUUGCUUGGUCCUAUAUAGACAACUUCGAAUGGUCGAAUGGUUAUAGAGUAUCGAUGGGCUUGUUUGGCAUCGACCGCAACAAUAACCUCGCAAGACGCCCCAAACUUUCAGUAUUAUGGUUCAAAAAAUUCUUGAGGCAGAAGGGACAUAAAGGAAAUCCGAAAUGCGAUCUCCUAAAACCCGAAGAAGGUCACGACGAGCUGUAGGUUCUGCUCGCAUCUACAAUAAAUUAGGAGAGAUUGGUCUAUAGAUACCAAUACCUUCUCGCUUCCGGAAUAAAUUAUGGUUGUAUGAGAAUAAUUUUAUGGAACAAAAAUGGCCUUGAAUAAAUUAUGGUUGUAUGAGAAUAAUUUUAUGGAACAAAAAUGGCCUUGUUUUAUGUUAUCUAAUUUAAACUUUUGUGA